AACUUAGUUCUUAGGAACCGGCACCAUGGCAUCCGGCUGCAAGAUUGGCCCGUCCAUCCUUAACAGCGACCUGGCCAAUUUAGGGGGCGAAUGCCUCCGGAUGCUGGACUCCGGUGCCGAUUAUCUGCACCUGGAUGUAAUGGACGGGCAUUUUGUUCCCAACAUCACCUUUGGUCACCCUGUGGUAGAAAGCCUUCGAAAGCAGCUAGGCCAGGACCCUUUCUUUGAUAUGCAUAUGAUGGUGUCCAGGCCAGAACAGUGGGUAAAGCCGAUGGCUGUUGCAGGGGCCAAUCAAUAUACCUUUCAUCUUGAGGCUACUGAGAACCCAGGAGCUUUGAUUAAAGACAUUCGUGAGAAUGGGAUGAAGGUUGGCCUUGCAAUCAAACCAGGAACUACAGUUGAGUAUUUGGCACCGUGGGCUAAUCAGAUUGAUAUGGCUUUGGUGAUGACAGUGGAACCUGGCUUUGGAGGGCAGAAAUUCAUGGAGGACAUGAUGCCCAAGGUUCAUUGGUUGAGGACCCAGUUCCCGUCUUUGGACAUUGAGGUCGAUGGUGGUGUAGGUCCUGACACUAUCCAUAAGUGUGCAGAGGCAGGAGCUAACAUGAUUGUGUCUGGCAGUGCCAUUAUGAGGAGUGAAGACCCCAGAUCUGUCAUCAACUUGUUAAGAAAUGUUUGCUCAGAAGCUGCUCAGAAACGUUCUCUUGAUCGAUGAAAGCUCAAGCAGACCCAUGUCUCUGCUCAUGAAACCGCCUUUUAACUGGAAAACAGGAAUGUUGACGAGCGACUCAUAGGCCGGCGGAGGCAGUGCUGCUGCUCUGAGCAGUGAUCCAUUCCACUGACUACAAGUCCUACUGAAGAAUGUGCUAAGAGGUUACUGCUGUUUAUAUUUUACCUACAUUGUUAGCGAUGAGACUUCAAGAUUAGUGUGGUCAAUACCCAGUUUUUACUGAGGUUGGGUUUUUAU